AUGACUUCAUUAAUCUACAGGAACCAAGCCCGUGCUGCAGGGCCGUUAUGCGCCAACAGCUCGGAGCCCCAAAGCCCUCCGCAACUGGUGGACGCCUGGCUGGUGCCCCUUUUCUUCGCUGUGCUGAUGGUGGUGGGGCUGGCGGGCAACUCCUUGGUCAUCUACGUCAUCCUCAAACACAAGCAAAUGAGGACGGUCACCAAUUUUUAUAUCGCCAAUUUGGCCAUCACCGACAUCAUUUUCUUGGUAUGCUGCGUGCCGUUCACUGCCGCCCUCUACCCGCUUCCAGGCUGGGUCUUCGGGGAGUUUAUGUGUAAAUUUGUCAACUACAUUCAGCAGGUCUCGGUGCAAGCCACGUGCGUCACCCUGACGGCCAUGAGCGUUGACCGGUGGUAUGUGACCGUGUUCCCGCUCCGAUCCCUGCGCCAGCGCACCCCCCGCGUCGUCACCGCUGUCAGCAUCAGCAUCUGGGUCGGUUCCUUCGUUGUCUCCACCCCGGUGGUGGUGUACAACCGGCUGACUGAAGGCUACUGGUUUGGCCCACGCACGUACUGCAGCGAGGCCUUCCCUUCCGCCUCGCACGAGAGGGCCUUCACCCUCUACAACUUCUUGAUGGUCUAUCUCCUGCCCCUGCUGACCAUCCUCCUUUGCUACACAGCCAUGGUGAACCAGAUGGCGCGCCGCCCUGCCGUGGGGCCGUCCGACAACCACGCCCAGGUGCAACAGCUGGCAGAGCGCUCCGAAGCCAUGCGGGCCAAGAUUUCCCGCAUGGUGGCCAUCAUCGUGACCCUCUUUGCCAUCUGCUGGGGCCCCAUGCAGCUCCUGCUCCUCCUCCAGGCCUGCGUCCCCAGCUUCCAGCGCAACUAUUAUACCUACAAACUCAAGAUCUGGGCCCACUGCAUGUCCUACGCCAACUCCUCCGUCAACCCCAUCGUCUACGCCUUCAUGGGCGCCAACUUCCGGAAGGCCUUCAGGAAAGUCUUCCCGUUCGCCUGCAAGCAGAGGGUGGGCAGCUGCGACGUCGUCGCCGGCCGCCCCCACCACGUCAACAUGGAGUUGCAGUUUGUCUCCUCGGGGAUGUAA